AUGACUGUUUUCACUGGCAUCAUCACUAUCUACAAAUAUAAUCAGUAUUCACUACCGAAAGAGGAAAAUAAAAUGCAUAUCUCUCUAUCUAUCUAUCUAUCUAUCAUCAACGAAGGGAUUUUUAAAAAAAAUUCUGUCAAUCGAAAAAGCACUUCCAGCAACAACAACAAAAAUGAUAUUCGCUCAAGUAUGAAAUUUGAGGAAAAGGGUCGCGCUGAGAAAUUUCGUUCAAAUUUUAGGAAGAUGCCUGAACCGAGAAUGUUCCUGCCCCCUCUUUGUUUGUUUGUUCUUUCUUUCUUUCUUUCUUUCUUUCUUUCUUUCUUUCUUUUCUUUCUAUUGAUAAUUAUCUAUAUUAGCCACCAGUUUACAUCUAUCUAUCUAUCUAUCUAUCUAUCUAUCUAUCUAUCUAUCUAUCUAUCUAUCGUUGUGUUUGCGAAACAGACUCAUAUUUUAAAUACAUUCCUCCUCGAUUAUAACCUUAUUAUAUAUGUCUCCCAACACCAAAUUCCUUCGCUGGACCGACCAGUUUGA